AUGAAGAUUCAUUCUUUGUCCUUGCUUUGUGCCUUGUCAGGUGCGGCCGUUGCCGCUUCAGACUCCAAGGCCGGUCUGCUUUCUAACGGCAAUGUUGCCCUCGGCGAUUGGCAAGCCGCCUAUGAAAAAGCUACCAAAUUCGUCUCAAAGCUCAACACAACCGAGAAGUUGAAGCUCAUCACUGGAAGUGAUGCGACAACAACUGACGGCCAGUCCUUCACUGCGUUGAAGUUUUUGGAUGGGUCCAUGGGCUUGCAAGACUACUACUAUGUGUCCGCAUUCAGUCAGUCUUCGGCCCUGGCUAUGACUUGGGACAAGGAUGCCAUGUAUAAGCAAGCUCGGGCUGUUGCAGUGGAGGCCUAUCUCAAGGGCGUUCAGGUUAUCAAUGGACCUACUUCUCAGCCAAUGGGACGUACUCCUUGGGGUGGUCGCUUGGUUGAGACUUUUGGACCGGAUCCUUACCUCAAUGGUAUCGCUACAGGAUUGGGCGUCGAGGCAUACAAUGAUGUUGGUAUUAUUGCCGGUGCCAAGAGACCAACCGAACCUCAAGUGGUGGUGGUGGCGGCGGCGGUGGUAUGGGAGGUGGAAGUGGAGGCCCCCCCAGGUAGCUCCAACUCAUCUUCGAACACUGCCGCACCCCCAUCUUCGACAGGCUCUUCGCUAAAAGCCCGUGCUAUGGGCGGAAGUUCUUCUUCCAGCGCGCCUUACUCUUCCAACGCAGACUCCAAGACUCUUCACGAGACUUACCUCUGGAGCUUCUACGAUGCCGUGCACUCAGGCCUCGGUGGAAUGAUGUGUGCCAUGACCAAGGUUAACAACACCCUUGCGUGUGAGUCCUCCGCUGUGCUGCUGGACAUCCUUAAGGAAGAGCUCGGCUACCCCGGCUUGGUAUUCCCCGACCAGAUGGCCCAGCAGAACGCCCUGGCCUCAGCGAUCAGCGGUCUGGACUACGGCUCUUCGAGUCUGUGGAGUACUUCCGCCAUGACAGGGUUCUUGAAGGGCAAGAACUUCACCGAAGCUCGCUUGAACGACAUGGCCACCCGUAACCUUAUCGGAUGGUACCACGCCAACCUCGACAACGGCACCCAGCCCGCUACCGAGUCAGAGGAUGCGUACGUCGACGUCCGCGGCGACCACGCCAAGCUGAUCCGAUCAUACGGCUCCAAGUCCAUGGUCCUCCUUAAGAACAAGAACAAUACACUUCCCUUGAACAAGCCCCACAAGAUGGCGAUCUUCGGAUCCCACGCUCGCGCCGCCAUCGCCGGUCCCAACAUGGCUUUCAGCGUCGAGGGUUCUGGACCCACAUACGACGGCCAUCUUGCUACAGAUUCCGGAUCUGGUCAAGGAUCUUUGCCCUACCUGAUCACCCCAGAGACUGCCUUGACCAUCAAAGCAAGCCAGGACGGAACCAUGCUUCGUUGGGUUGCUAACGAUACCUAUUCUUCCUCCAGCGGGUCCACGCUGGUCAUGCAAGGAUCCGACAGUACCUCUGUCACACCCUCCAUCAGCGCCUAUGCCGAAAACAUGAAUGUAUGCCUUGUAUUCAUCAACGCUCUUGCCGGCGAAGGUGCCGAUCGCACCGAGCUGUACAACACCGACCAGGACGCACUUGUUAACGAAGUGGCCGAGAACUGUGCCAACACAGUCGUCGUGAUCAACUCCGCCGGAGUCCGACUCGUCGACAACUGGAUCGAGAACGAGAACGUGACUGCCGUUCUGUACGGCAGUCUUCUCGGACAGGAAUCUGGAAACUCAAUUGUCGACGUUCUCUACGGCGAUGUUAACCCUAGUGGCCGUCUCAUUCACACAAUCGCCAAGAACGAAUCCGACUACAACGUUGGUCUCUGCUAUACCCAGCAGUGCAAUUUCACUGAAGGCAACUUCAUCGACUACCGCUACUUCGACGCUUACAACGUGACCCCUCGCUAUGAAUUCGGAUACGGUCUUUCAUACACCCAGUUCAAGUACUCUGAUCUCAGCAUCAAUGGGCCCAAGGCACUCUCUACUUUCCCGACUGGAAAGCGGGCUGUUGGUGGCUACGAGGAUCUGUGGGAUAUUGUCGCUAGUGUUAGCGUGAAGGUCCAGAAUGCUGGUUCUGUUGAUGGUGCGGAGGUGCCUCAGCUUUAUAUCUCUUAUCCCAAGGCUGCACAGCAGCCUUUGCGCCAGCUGCGUGGAUUUGAGAACGUGGAGAUCAAGAAGGGUAAGCAGAAGGAGGUGAAGUUCAACUUGCGUCGUCGGGAUAUCUCUUACUGGGAUGUCAAGGCGCAGAACUGGGCUGUUGCACCGGGCUCGUACCGUGUGUAUGUUGGUGCCUCCUCUAGAGAUCUGAAGAAGCAAGGCAGCUUCGUGGUUCACUCGAAGUGA